ACAUUGGUCUGAGAAACCAUUGAGCGAGAUGAAAGAAAGAGACUGGCGUAUUUUCAAGGAAGAUUUUAAUAUAACAACAAAAGGCGGUAGCAUUCCAAAUCCUAUAAGAUCAUGGUCAGAACCCGGGUUGUCGGAACGUAUUCUAGAAAUUCUUACAAAUAUUGGCUAUAAAGAGCCUACUCCUAUACAGCGUCAAGCAAUACCGAUCGGAUUACAAAAUAGAGAUAUUAUCGGUAUUGCGGAAACUGGAACUGGUAAAACCGCAUCUUUCGUUAUUCCAAUGCUUAUGUAUAUAUCUGAACUCCCUAAAUUAUGUGAGGAGAAUAUGGCUGAUGGUCCUUAUGCCUUAAUUUUGGCUCCAACACGUGAAUUGGCACAGCAAAUAGAACAAGAAACUUUAAAAUUUGCUGCACCUAUGGGCUUCAACUGUGUUUCCAUAGUUGGUGGGCAUGCGGUUGAGGAGCAAGCAUUCAACCUAAGGAAUGGGGCAGAGAUUAUUAUUGCAACUCCAGGUCGUCUGAAAGACUGUCUUGAUCGAAGAAUUUUGGUUCUUAACCAAUGCACAUAUGUGGUUAUGGACGAGGCUGAUCGCAUGAUAGAUAUGGGCUUCGAAGCCGACGUAAACGUGAUAUUGGACGCGCUGCCCGUGUCUAACGUGAAACCUGAUACUGAAGAAGCCGAGAAUCCAAUUGAGAUGCUCAAAAAAAACGGCCGAAAAGAACGGUAUAGGCAAACUGUUAUGUUUUCAGCUACUAUGCCUCCUGCUGUUGAACGAUUAGCCAAAAGAUAUUUGAGGCGGCCUGCUGUUGUGACAGUAGGUACUGCUGGCCAAGCCGUAGACACUGUGGAACAAAGGGUUGAAAUGAUUAAUGACGAAGGAAGAAAGAAGGCACGCUUAUUAGAGCUUCUUCAAGGAUCUUUUGAUCCGCCAAUAAUCAUAUUUGUCAACCAGAAAAAGGGAUGUGAUGUUCUAGCUCGAGCAUUGAACAAGCUUGGAUAUCGUGCGACAACCCUCCACGGUGGUAAGACCCAGGAACAAAGAGAGAGUGCUUUGGCACAUCUUAAAAAUGGCACUAUGGAUAUUCUUGUGGCUACGGAUGUUGCUGGCCGUGGUAUAGACGUUAAGAAUGUUUCAUUGGUUAUUAAUUAUGAUAUGGCAAAGACCAUUGAAG